UCAUAUUCGAAAAUUUGUCAUCGCUGCUGCUUUGGUUUCUUCAACCCAAAAAAAAAAAGAUUUUUAUGAUAAAAAUAUAUAAUUUUCCAAAACAAAUAAUAAUAUUUUUCCUAUAUAUUUUACUUUAAAUAAAUUAAAACUAUAAUCUCCUAAGAAUGGACUGGCUAUUUGGUAAACGUAUCUCACCCGAAGAAAUGAUGAGAAAGAAUCAGCGAGCCUUAAACAAGGCGAUGCGUGAUUUGGAUCGCGAACGAAUGAAAAUGGAGCAACAAGAGAAAAAAAUCAUUGCCGAUAUCAAGAAAAUGGCCAAAGAAGGCCAAAUGGAUGCUGUUAAAAUAAUGGCCAAAGAUUUAGUUCGCACCCGCCGCUACACUAAGAAAUUUAUGCUUAUGAAAGCCAAUAUACAGGCUGUCUCACUCAAAAUUCAAACAUUAAAAUCUCAGAAUACUAUGGCACAAGCUAUGCAAGGAGUUACAAAAGCAAUGCAAAGCAUGAAUCGACAAAUGAAUCUUCCCCAAAUUCAAAAGAUCCUCCACGACUUCGAGAAGCAAUCUGAAAUCAUGGAUAUGAAAGAGGAAAUGAUCAACGAUGCGAUGGACGAUGCAAUGGAGGACGAAGGCGAUGAGGAGGAGACUGAUGCUGUUGUUUCUCAGGUACUUGACGAACUAGGACUCCAACUGAACGACCAAUUGAGCGACCUGCCAACGGCGUCCGGUUCAUUGUCGAUAGCUGGUAUUAAGCAGAAUCAACCAGCUGCUGUUGCAGCUGGUGGGAUUGGUGGCGGAGGAGCGUCGGGUGGAGAUGGUGGUGCUGGGGCAGGCGGUGGAGCUGGGGGUAAUACUUCACCAAUGUCAGAUGCAGAUGCUGAUUUGCAAGCUAGACUUGAUAAAUUGCGAAAGGACUAAAAUGCAUCAGGAAUUCCAUUUUAUUAUUUUUUUUUUGUAAUGUAGAAACUUUUUUUUUUGUUCAUUGAUUAUUCUUAUUAUUAUUAUAAUUAUAUGCUUUUUGUUUUCGAGACUAUUCAUGGAAUGCUUCUUGACACCACCCCAACACCAAUUUUAUACGCGGUCUGAGGUAUGCAAUACCUUGUUGUUAUAAACUCUACGAAUAAAAGUAUUUUAAUUGCUCACUUAAACAAUUUAAAAA